AAUCUUCCUGAUUUUAAUAUGAUGGGGGGGCGGGUAUUGAGGAGCAGGGAGGGAUGGGCAGGGAGCCAGAAGCUUUGCUUAUUUCCCAGAUUCUCUUUGUGGAGGGAAUAGUCUCUUUGGGUACUUCUUCCCUUAGAAAUGAUUAAGGGUCUCAUUCAAUGACUGGACUGAAAGGAGGGACUGUGGUCUGGUUUCUAAGUUUCUGGGACUUCAGUUUUUUGGGGGAAGGGGAAGAGAAACUCUUAAAACUUAUUGUUGUUGUUAUUCUUGUAAUGGGGGGGGAACCCAAAUAGGAAAAAUAUGCCUCUUUGUCUCUGAAUGUCUCCCAUUCUCCCAACCCAAAACUGGGGCUUUGAUUCCUUCCUCUUAUCCUAAGGUCAGGGGCCCUUUUCAGGACCUGCAAGAACUCCUUCAGUCCAGUCCAGAGAGGUGCCGUCUGGAAAGAGUGUUGGCCCCUGGAGUUCCAACUGAAAGGGACCCGUGAAGCUAUUUAGCUUAGUAUAACUCCCUCGUUUUACAAAUGAGGGAAACUGAGGCAAAGAGAAGUUAGAGCUAAGUGUAAAAGUAGAAUUCCGAUGGAGCUCUUCUGCCUCUACCUAACCUCCCCAGAGUCUGAGAGUUUGGGUGCUAAUCCUGGCCCUCCAGAGUCCUCAGUUUCCUUCUCUGUACAGUGAGGGGACUGGAGGACCUGGGAGAUCCGCUCUGGUUCCUUAUGAUCGUCCUCGGGGGAGCCGUCGCGAUGGGAUCCAGAACGGUUCUGGGGUGUUCUCUGCCUGUCAGCUUCGGGGUUCCUGCUCCCUAGAGCUGCCCCGAGCGCCUCCUUGCAGCCACCCACCGCUAGGAGGAAAUCACAGCGGCAGCCGUGGUGAAACAUAAAGUUUAUUCAGCUAAAAGUGACGCAAAAAUUCUUCAAGAGCUCUUUGGCAGCCGAUUAUCUGGAAAUCAGACCAUGUGAGGGGCCUGGAGUACAAAAAGCUCCCCCUCUCCAUGGGCAGCUCGCGCGCUCCAGGUCAGGCGGCGGAGUGACUUCGGGGCCGAGGCACUUGGAGAGCUCCCCGGGGAGAAGGCGCUCGGAGCGGCCGGCGCCCGCGCAGGACCUGCAGUCUAGUAACUGUAAAGUUGUGAGGGCAUCCAAGAGCUGGAGGAGAAUUCUAAUUCCAAUUGGCUGCAAAUGAACAUGAGCACCAUCUGCUAAACACAAGGAUGGAGACCACCCCACUGGAUUCUAAAAAAGGGCAGUCAGCCUGCAAGGAUGGAGAAGACUGUCAGAAAAAUGGCAUUCUACAGAAGGGACUCACUAGUCCAGGGGACAAGGCGGAAGCAGGACAAAUCUCAAAUGGGUACUCAGCCGUUCAGAGCUCAGGUGAGGAAGGGGAUGCCCAAAACUCCAACACAGCUGAUAACACUGCCCUAGACACUGAAGUCCAUCCUGGGGAGCGAGAGACCUGGACCAAAAAGAUGGACUUCCUCCUCUCAGUCAUCGGCUAUGCUGUGGACCUGGGCAACGUGUGGCGCUUCCCAUAUAUAUGCUACCAAAAUGGAGGAGGGGCCUUCCUUAUCCCCUACACCAUCAUGGCCAUUUUUGGUGGGAUUCCUCUGUUCUAUAUGGAGCUGGCUCUGGGCCAAUAUCAUCGAAAUGGCUGCAUUUCAAUAUGGAAGAAAAUUUGCCCCAUUUUCAAAGGGAUUGGCUUCGCCAUUUGCAUCAUCGCCUUUUACAUCGCCUCCUACUAUAACACCAUCAUGGCCUGGGCUCUCUACUACCUCAUCUCUUCCUUUACGGAUCAACUGCCUUGGACCAGCUGUGAGAACCCCUGGAACACCGACAAUUGCACCAACUACUUUUCGGAAGGCAACAUCACCUGGACUUCCCACUCCAUAUCACCUGCUGAAGAAUUUUAUACGCGCCAUGUCUUACAGAUCCAUAAGUCUCAAGGACUAGAUGACGUGGGGGGCAUUAGCUGGCAACUGGCCCUCUGUAUAAUGUUGAUCUUCACUAUUGUCUACUUUAGCAUCUGGAAAGGGGUCAAAACAUCUGGCAAGGUGGUGUGGGUGACGGCUACUUUCCCUUAUAUCAUCCUGUCCAUCCUGCUUGUAAGGGGGGCCACGCUUCCAGGAGCCUGGAGAGGUGUCCUUUUCUACCUGAAACCCAAUUGGCAGAAGCUCCUUGAAACUGGGGUCUGGGUGGAUGCAGCGGCUCAGAUUUUCUUCUCGUUGGGUCCUGGCUUUGGUGUCUUACUAGCCUUUGCUAGCUACAACAAAUUCAACAACAACUGCUACCAAGAUGCCCUGGUGACUAGCAUUGUAAAUUGCAUGACGAGCUUCAUGUCUGGAUUUGUGAUCUUCACUGUGCUCGGUUACAUGGCAGAGAUGAGGAAUGAAGACGUGUCCGAGGUGGCUAAAGAUACAGGGCCCAGUCUCCUUUUCAUCACCUAUGCAGAGGCCAUUGCCAACAUGCCAGCCGCCACCUUCUUCGCCAUCAUUUUCUUCUUAAUGAUAAUCACUCUGGGCUUAGACAGCACGUUCGCAGGACUUGAGGGAGUGAUCACCGCGGUGCUGGACGAAUUCCCCCAUGUCUGGGCCAAACGCCGGGAGUGGUUUGUGCUUGCUGUGGUCAUCACCUGUUUCUUUGGAUCUCUGUCCACCUUGACUUUUGGAGGAGCCUAUGUGGUAAAGUUGCUGGAAGAAUACGCCACUGGACCAGCGGUUCUCACUGUAGUGUUUUUAGAAGCGAUUGCCGUGUCUUGGUUCUAUGGUAUUAACCAGUUCUGCAGCGACGUGAAAGAAAUGCUUGGUUUUAGCCCCGGUUGGUUCUGGAGGAUCUGCUGGGUAGCAAUCAGCCCAAUAUUUCUGCUGUUCAUCAUCUGCAGUUUUCUGAGCAGCCCCCCAGAACUGCGGCUCUUCAAUUACAAUUACCCUCGCUGGACUGUUCUCCUGGGCUACUGCAUUGGGACUUCUUCCUUCAUCUGCAUUCCCACCUAUAUCACUUAUCGGUUGAUCGUCACUCCAGGGACAUUCAAAGAGCGUGUUCUUAAAAGUAUCACUCCAGAAACACCUACAGAGAUUCCCUUCGGAGACCUUCGCUUGAAUACUGUGUAGCAAGUACUGGACAAGAGGAGAAAACCUUCCCUAUCAGUCCCCACCCUCCAUUCAUUACCCAUUACCCGUCUCCCCUCCAAGUGAGCUGAGUUUCCAGCUGAGCCGAGGAAUGACAACUUUUUCCAUGGAGACCCAGCUUCCAUGGAAUCUCACAACCUCCAGCCUUCUGAUCCACCUCCUUCCGUGAAAUCAGCUCGGCACUUAUCAACCUCAACUCCACUACGGCUCACCUGGUUCAUUUUGGAUGCGGGAGGAUUUGUUGCAUGUAUGUGGCUGCUACCGUAUGAAUGGGUGAAAGGGAUCACCUAAACCACUAGUGGACAAAUAGCGUCAGUUAGGAUUACAUGUAGUCUCGAGUCUGUGUGUGUCUUCUCCACGUGAUUAUUUGUGUUGGACCAUACUGUGUUUGCUUCUAAGGGUUUCACUGUUAAAUGAGUCUAUAAACUGUGUAGGACAUCACAGGAAUUGUUCCAAUAGCCAUAUAUAUAUUCUGUAGCUGGAAAUUAAUGGAACUCUCGAAUCCCUCUGGGCUGAGUCUUGCAGAGGAAGUUGUAGAAAGCUAACCUGAAAGGUGCUAUAUGUGUGUGUGUGUGAGUAGGUGUGUGUGUGUGUGUCUGUACACUAGUCCAGUGUACACACAGCUGUCUCCUUUCUAUCACUCUAACGUUUUCUGGCACUUUACAAACCAUAUGUCAUCCUCGUUUUUCUUAUAUUAACAGAUUUUACACACACAUUCAGUUUUGCAUACGUUGCUCCAAAUCUAUAGGUCCCACAAACUAUUCAAUUUUUUCUUGUGCUUCUGAUGUGCAUCCUGGGGUGUGAGAGCACAGCCCACGUCCCAUACAUCCUUUGCCAGUCUAUCAGGAUUUUAGCAUUUUGACCCUCACUGCCUUCCUCUUGUUUUUUCCCCCACUAUACUUUGAUGAUGACCUCGUGGCUCAUUUACUCCUGUUUUGACCCCAUUUAAAUUAUAUGAACUGUUUUGAAGACAGAAGGUAGAACCUUUUCCUUCAAUACUUCCUAUUGUUCUCACAGUGAUUAGGAAUAAAAGGAGGGAUCCCAUGAGCAUAUUCCAUUAUUUACCUUAUUAUGCUUUUCAGAGAUAAUGUAAAACAAAACAAAACAAAACAAAAAUUUUAUAAUUUUACAUGAGAUGUGUUAAGGUCUAAUUCUGGCCCAGGUGCUCAUUCCUGAACUUAACAAACCAAUUCUUCAGUAAGCCUCCCUUUUCUAUUUGCCUUAUAUUUUCCCUUUUUUUUGUUGUUGUUGUUUCAUCCUGAUUUCCCUUAAUAGUCCUUCAUUUCCUCUGCUGAAAGGAAAGAAGGCCUCAGGCAAAAGCUGCCCAAAUGGCUUUAAAAUCAUAAAAUAUAGGGGCAAAAUCCCACUUCUAAUCAGGUUCUCUUCAUUCUCCAGGGCUUGUUGUCAUUAAGUAGGGCAUUUUUCAGCCUCCCUGUAAUUGCCAAAUCAUCUUUGGGAACAACAGGAAAUUCACCUGAUGACUCCUAGGUAUUUACUCUACCAGUAAAGAGAGCCAUCUUUCAGCUGUUUCUCUUAUAAUCCAAUUUGGUGAUAUUUGUUUUGGUUCAAACUGAAGUGUUAGCACACAUUCUGCCUUCCUGACUGCCUGGCUACAGCCUAAUCAAGCAGGGAGUGAGUGGAGAGAUCGACACACUUCAAAUUCAAAAUACAUUUUAAAAGGGGGAAGAGACAGAAUGUUGUGGUGCUUUUCUGAACAUCUGGCUCUGGCCUGUGGUCUGAGGGGCACAUCAGAAAGCCACCCGAGCUUGUGUGAAGGUGCACAAGCAUCCAAACGUGUGGAAGGGAGUUCUUGAUUUCUGGAUGUAUAUUUGUCAGGAAUAUAAUAUAAAAGAAGAGUGGUUCAAUGUAGUAAAGUCAACAGACUGGCAAAGGCAAAAAAAAACCCCCAACAAAUUCUAGUCACAUCAGGUUUUUAGUGAGGAAAAUGUUUUCCUGAGUCACGAGGACUGUUAAAUUCACCAUUGCAACGGCCUUUUCCUCUCCAUUUUAGGCCCUGGGAUGAUCCAUGGGAAAUGGCUGCAUAUUUUGGGAUGGGUAAUUUAUGAAAAGUUUCUGGCUAUGAAGUGCUUAGGGGAAUUUUGCAUUAGUAAGUAAAAUAGUAAUGUAAAACAAAGUGUCUUGUAGAGAAGCCAAAUCUAAUGUAACAUUUAAGUAAAGGCAAAUAAAAAAACACUAUUAUUUGAACUAUAAAAAUAGAGGUUCAGAUUAAUUUUUUAUUUACUGUGAAAUCUUGCAAUAGUCCCUAAAUUUAAAUUAGACCCCCCCCCCCACCUUUACCAUUGGGAAAACGCUACCAAAUCUCUGGUCAGUAAAAUACCUGCCCAAAGCCAUGAACUGGAUGCCAGGAUUGUCAUGGCUCUAAAUCUGAUUUUAGAACCUAAGUCAAAGACAAUUUCCAGCUCAAAUACUUCUCCAAAAAAAAAAUCUUUCAACUGGUUCCAUAAUUCAGUGUUAGAAGAAUGGCUUAAAGGAAGGUUCUUGUUUUUUGCUUACACAUAGCAAAGAACUGUAUGAGAGCACUGUACCGAAGCCAGGACAAGGAUUUGGAGUCCACCCAUUGCAGGACAAUAAAACCUGGAGCUAAGCGGCGGCUUAAUUUUACAUACAUCCUGGUAAAGCUUGCUAACUCCACUACUCAAUGUCGAGACACAAACUGAUGUUGGCUACUUUCCGAACUCUAUUCAUCAAUCAAGUGUUGCUGGAGGUAGAAUCACCAGCAUCUUGUAUCUCAGUUGAGCAGGAAGACUAUGUGUGUUGAAAGUACAGGGAGUGGAGGAGAGGGGAGGAGGGAAGGGAGAGCAGCUGGUUUAUGAAGAAAACUUUACAGUGAUUGCAGGUCAUAACUGCAGAAAAAGUCUGCAUAAAUGCAGAGAAGUCAAAACAAAAUAACCCCAAGUGACAAGUUGUCUAUUCUUAAGCAUCAUGGAACUCACAAAUUAUAUCUUAAGUGCUUUUAAGCUCAAGUUCCUUCCAACUGUUAGGAAAUAAAAUUUAUAAAUCUAAAUAAGGGAAAAAAGCAAGACUGUUUGGGGUGUACUCCUGCCUCAUACAACCUAUUCCUCGAAAGCCACUGGAAAGCUCCAGCCUUUCCUUUUGGUUUCCCCAUUCGUACCAAAGAUUCAAUGAAGAGUUUUAUUAAAAAUUCUUUAUAUUACUUUUGCUCCUUUGGGAAGAAUCUUCCAAAUCCCCAGGUCUCAUACCCUUGCCAUCACAGCUAUUGUAUGGGCUUUUUCCUUUAUUGCUAAUCUGUGUUUCCAGAAUUUAAAGAUAAUGAAACAAUCUGGCAUCUCAUAAAAUUCAGCCACACUCCAUUAGGAGCUGCUAAAAACUCAGUGACUUCAUAAGAAGGAGUUCAUUUCUCAGUUCCUCUUGGGAUCUGAACGUUUCUAAGGGAGGGUGGGCUUGGAACUUUAGUAUUCCUUAAGUGAUUAAACAACCACUACCACCAUUUGGUUCAGCAACCACCUACUCUGAUGAAGAAGGAAAACACUUCAAGAGGAAGUCCUAAGUACUUUCUAAGGUUGGAGUCUGUUCAGUCAACAUCUCUCCUUUCAGAACUGCCUGAGUUGAACCGUCCUGUGAUGUCCCUUUCCUGAAAAAUUACUCAAGGUUAUCCCCAAUUAAAAUAAUCUUCUAACCCCAAGUAGCACAAUCUAAAGCUAAAUUGCCUUACAUGCACUGUGCAAGUUUUAAAAAUCAUCAAAAUAUGUAUUCCUGGAGGGCUGACUUCCACUUGGCAAAAUGUCAGUGGCAUUUACCUGACAUAAGGGAAGAAAUCAGGCAGUUUAAAUUCAGAAGAAUAGGAUGGUCAAUCACUUAAAGGCAAAAGAAUAGAAUAAAUAAUAACUCAUAGUUAAAGGCCCCUCCAGGCCUUUGAUUCUAUGCUUUAGGAUUCCACCCAUGAUUGUGAAUUUAGUUGUAGUCAUUUGGAAUUGACCGACUUUGGGUAAUAGCAUCCCAAGGAUCUCCUCCUCAUCUUGCUAGUUCUGAAUUCUCUCUAAUACUGUCUAAGAACAGGAAGGACAUAGUUAUAUAUAAAGCCAUUCCUCCUCCCCCCAACCCCCAAGUAAACAGAUAUUUCACAGACCUCAAUUACAGAGUCACAGCAGCAGCAGGCCUUGAGUCUACUUUCAAUAUCUGGCAAGUUUGAGAUUGACAAUCAUCUAAGUAUUUAGUCAUAAACUGCCUUCCGUGAGGUCAUCAGGAAAAACUACGUUCCACAGACAUUCUAACAAGGAACAUUUCAGGAUUUAGCAAAACUAAAGCAAGAUAAUUUAUUUUUUUUUCACAUGUUGACUUUUUAAAAGAAAUGCCAAUACUUUAAAAAAUAAUACCAAGAGUUAAUAAUAAUAACAACAAUUUAAAAUAUACAGCACCAUACAUUGGUCAAAUUCUUAAGUAGAAGUGUAGCACAUUUUAAUAUAUAUAUACAUAUAUAUAUAUAAAUUUAUAUUCCCAACAGAGAUCUAAUAGGAGCUGAAUGUUUUCUUUGCAAAAAGAUUCACCCUAGAUAGAUUCCUCUAAAUUGUCAACUCUUUGACUCACUGAAAAUGCUUCAAACUAUUCAUUAUUUUUCAGAAACUCUUCUAUUGUGUAAAGUCAGUAACCUGUGAGGUUCUUCAAAUUUGGAAUGUUAUCUUUAAGCAAACUAGAGAAAAGCUUCUCCUUUUUUUCUGCCUCAUCUUUUUCCUCUUCCCCACCACUAACUUAAGCCUUGAAAAAUGCUCCUUAGUGUUUACCACACUGAACUGGGAUCACAAAGAAACUUCCAAAAGAUCUGGUUCUUUCUAAAAUGAGGCACAUGUUUAUUUUUCAAGCUGUAGUAGCUCACUUAACCUGGAAUUUUAGUUGUACAAAUCCUGAACAUUUUCCAUUUCAUGUAUAUGGUACACAUGUAUUAAUUUAUGCAGCCAUUUAGUUAUAUAAAUGUUCCAAAAUAGAUAAGUCAACAGUAUGUGCCUUGUUCUGUUGUUAUUGUAAUAAAUUUAAGAUCAUAAUAAAUGAACAGGUUUCUGUCUAUUAUUUUCUCCGAA